CAGAUUAGUUAAUGCUUGUACAGCGUUUUAAACUAAACUGCCGUGUGUAACUGCUCGGUGUCUUUACCUAACGGAGCAAACCAGCGCGCUCCUGUCCGGAAGGCAGCGUCGCGAGCUGAUGCUUCAGAAGCAGCGUAACCUAGAUGGCUGUUGAACAAUAUUUAGAUAUACAGGCAAUGACUGAGACACUCGUGGUGUUUAAGAAACAGCUGAGCAUCACAUUUACUAUGAAUGUAAAAUAAAAGCCUGAGGAAAAUUGGUCUCAAGCUAGACGUUUAUGUAUAUUGAGACUACCUUCAAGAGCUGAGAGCACAGAUGGGAGCAUUUUGUAUGAAAACUAUUGCCACCUCUCUUUGAUUUGGACUUUUGAGGGUGUGUUAUACGCCGAAAAAAGCUGUGGACGAUGUUGAUAGGAAUUAACUGAAGAAUAAAAGCUGUGUGCGAGAGCUGAUCGCUGCUGUGUCCGGUGGAGGAUGAGGCGGUUCUGUGAGGGGAGCAGGACCCUGACUGCACAUGGAAGGAGCUGUGUCCUCUGAAGGAUGUAAGGAAAGCACUGGAUGAUUUGCAAAAAGUCAUGAAGAAUUUUGAAUCACGAGUUGAAUUCACAGAAGAUUUGCAGAAAAUGAGUGAUGCUGCAGGUGAUUUUGUUGACAUAAGAGAAGAAAUUGAAGAUUAUAGCCUUGAAACAAAAGGAAAAUACCGAACUGCUCACAAACCUCAUUCGAAGCCAAAAGUAUCAAACGUUUUUGAGGUAGAUUUUCCAGCAAAUGGAAGUGAUACAAAAUCAAUGGGCCGUUUUCAGUCAGAGGAGGAACUGUGGGCCCGCUUAGAAGAGCUCGAGAGACAAGAAGAGAUACUUGGUGAACUUGACAGGAUGCCUGAUACAGUUGAGACAAAUGGAGAAGAUACAACCUCCUCUGAAGAGGAGAAAGAAGAUAAGAGGGCAGAACUGAAUGGGACAUAUAGAGCCGAAGACUGUAUUACUCAGGGCAACUUCCAUAAAGAAGUAACGAAUUCAGACUUGUUCGGUGGCCAAGUUAAUGGCUCUACUUACUAUCAGAGUGAUGAGGAAGAUGACAUAGAUGUUGAUGAUAACUCUGUUCCAACUAUUUUUUUCUCUCACACUGUUGAACCUAAAAGGGUAAGAAUAAACACAGGAAAAAAUACUACUUUGAAAUUCAGUGAAAAGAAAGAAGAGGCCAAGCGUAAAAGGAAGAACAGCAAUGGCAAUGGCCACGCAACUCCAGAACUACCUAACAUCAAAACCCCAGCAGACAUUUACCGAGUCUUUGUUGAUGUUGUGAAUGGAGAAUAUGUCCCUCGUAAAUCAAUUUUGAAGUCUCGAAGCAGAGAGAACAGUGUUUGUAGCGAUACCAGUGAGAACAGUGCUGCUGAGUUUGAUGACAGACGAGGAGUUCAGAGAAGUAUUAGCUGUGAUGAAGCAACUCAGAGUGACAACAGCGAAGGCAUACUGGAGGAAGAGGAGGAGGAGGAGGGGCAGCAGCAGCUACCGAAAAAGCUUCCCCCCUCUUCAGGGACAACUGAGGCAUUUUCCGGGACUGUUAUAGAAAAGGAGCCUUUGUCUCCCUCCCUAAUACCACACCCAGUCAUUGCUCACCCAGUCCUGCCUACCAUUCUGGAGCGAAAAUCAGAGGAAGUUUUGUCUGAACCAUCAGAAGAAACUACAAAGAGGAUUUCAAAAUUCAAAGCUGCCAGAAUGCAACAGACUAACUAGGUCCUGCCUAGCCAGCUGAAGUUGGAGUACUCAUGCCUAGUUUCACAUUUGUUGAGAUUAUGUAAGACUGUAUGCGUUACACCUAGCUAGUUAAAAGGGUGUCCUAUGUUAAUUUGGCAUCGCUUAUCUUUUAAACGUUUACUGGCAACAUUAAAACAAAAAAGUUCAGUGUUUGAACACUUGAGUAUUCAUCUUAUUUUGUCUAUUUCCCUGUGUGCUGUCAGCACCUUUGUAUAUGUUUGCCUUACCGAUAGCAGCACUUGGGUUCUUUUUCAAAAACUGUUCCUUACAUACAUUGUUUUUGUGUUUAAACCUAAAUACAGGCAGUUCUGUGCCAGCUGUGAUGUUCUACAUACCAUAUGGACCAUUUUAAGGAAACUUUUCACAUUUCAAAUAGAUUCACCAAUUAUACUGCAUUACUUGCUUCAGCAUUUUAAGACACACUUGUAUUCACAUUGCUGUAGGUUUUGCAACUAGGUGUCUGCUCAAGUUUUUUUCCUUCUUUCAAACCUCUCUGAUAUCUCACUGUACAGAUCUAUAAAACGCUGGGUUCAUGUACAUUGCAGGGAAGUUUCUUUGAUGGAAAAGGGUAUUUUGUAAAAUUAAAUUUUCAGUAAAACUGUGAAA